UACAUUGUAAAGUUUUACUUGCUUCUCAAUGGCUCCUCCACCUACAGUUGCAAUUCCCCAGGUUUCUGAACAAGAAGCCCAGAUCGAGAAGCUAAAACUGUAUGACAUAAUGCUGGGCGCAGCUAAGCCCAUGGCUCUCAGAGCUGCUGUUUUGCUGAAUAUUCCGGACAUAAUUGCUGAGGCGUCAGGCUCUCUUACCCUAGAAGAAAUCGCUGCUUGUAUUUCAGCAUCUACUGAUAGCCCACCUCACAUAGAAUAUCUGUUUCGUCUUCUGAGAUUUCUAGCCUCCCAGGAAGUCUUUAGUGAGAUCCCACACCAGGAGGACUUCAGGCAAACUAGAUAUGGCCUCACAGGCCUCUCUAAAUUACUUGUUAAGGAAACAAGAAAAGGAGGUGUGUCGGUGCAAAACUAUGUUCCAUGGUUGUUGGCAUUCAACAAUGAUAGUUCCCUCAAGGGAUGGCUGCAUCUGCAUGAGUCUGUGUUAGAAGGGAGCAGCGCCUUCAGUAAGGCUUUUGGUAUGAGUUAUUGGGAGUAUGUUGCAAACAAUCCUGAAGCGAACAAGACAUUGAACGAGGCCAUGUCCUGUGACACUCGUGCUGUCAUGUCUAGUGUUGUCAAGAUUUAUGAGGAGGGAUUUAAGAAGAUAAAUUCUUUGGUUGAUGUUGGGGGAGGUCUCGGCUCUGCCUUGUCCAUUAUUGUCGACAAUCACAAACACAUUAGAGGAAUUAAUUUCGACUUGCCUUAUGUCAUUGCUUCUGCACUUCCUAUCGCUGGAGUACAACAUGUGAGUGGCAAUAUGUUUGAACACAUUCCAUCAGCUGAUGCAAUCUUUAUCAAGUGGGUUUUGCAUGAUUGGAGCGAUGAUGAUUGUGUAAGAGUGUUGAGAAGGUGCUAUGAGGCUAUACCAGAAAAUGGAAAAGUUAUAAUUGUUGAUGCUCUUAUUGUUGAAGGAAAAAGAGAUGAAGAUAACAAAGAAAAUCUUCAAAGGGGAGUGGGCCUGGCAUUUGAUAUGGAAAUGAUGCUAUUCAGUACUGGUGGAAAGGAGCGAACAGAGAUGGAAUUUAAACAAAUUCUUAUCAAAGCAGGUUUCAAAAGCUACACCAUCUUCAAAUUGCCAUCUAUUCAAAACAUUAUUGAGGCUUCCAAGUUCUAAACCAAUAGAGUGUUUGUUCUAUAGCCACAUUAUUGUUUUUUAUGGUGGCCAUCAAAGUAAUACUUUUUAUCAGUUUUCUAUAAGGUUCGGGGUCCUUUCAAAACCUACCUUUUAUCUUCUAUAAAAAAUGGCUUUUAGUUGUACGCA